GCAGCCUUGGAGAAAAUCACACGCCAUAAGACUAGUCGACGGCAGUGGUUCUGUCAUGGUUGCCUCUGUAAGUUCAGGGACGGUCAGACGAUCAUAAACCGAUUCCAUCCUCAGCCUGUCCUUUUUUUUCCAGUGUGAUCUGAAGCCCACAGCAACUUAUUGCAAAAGGAAUUUCUGUACUUCUGUAGUCUUCUAUUGGUGGACUAGGAAUUGAUCUCGGAACCUGCAUAACUAAUGAUCUCAGGACCUAAUAAUAUCGCAGGAAACCCAGGAGUUAGCCAACCAGUGUUUCGUGGAGCCAUGGAAGAACCGACCAAAAAAGUGUUUCUGGCUGUGACUCUCUGUGCCUUUCACCUGGCCUGUGUUGCACAAAAAAUUGGGCAGCUUUCUGCCUACGAGGUGGCAUCCUUCACAAACCCACAUCCCGAUUCCAACGCCAAACUCAACCAUGCUACUUUCCAUGGCCCCUCAGAUGUCUACGUUGGGGCAGUGAACUCAAUUUACCGACUGGAUGAGAAUUUAGUACCUUUGAGUAACGCCAGCACAGCCUUCGAUUGUCCUGACGCAGAGGACUGUGCCAAUGAAAACAAGAUCCUCUUUGUUGAACCCACCAGAAAUAGACUGGUCACAUGCGGGAGUGACAAUGACGGGAGGUGUCAGCAGAGGGAUCGAGAUGAACUGACAACUGUUACUACAAAUAGUGUAAUUAGAGUAUCCCCAGGUAGAGGCAAGACCACUGUUGGUGUGCUUGCACCUGGCCCUGGGGGAAGAGACUGGUUUUAUGUGGCAUCCACGUACAUAGGUGAUCCAAUGUUUCCACCCAUUGCAAGACGAAAUUUGGAUCAAAGUCUUCCUGAUCUGAGACUACUUUUUUCUGAUGAAGACUCAAAAAUAAGUUUCAAUUCAGAUUACCGAAGCCGGGCAUUUGACAUUAGCUAUGUUUAUGGCUUUACAUUGAACAAUUUCACCUACUUUGUCACUGCUCAGCAAGAAACAAUCGGAUCUUCUGCAUUUGUUUCUAAAUUGGUUCGUGUUUGUCACACCAGUCCCAACCUGGAUUCAUACAGUGAGAUCAUCCUACACUGCGGUCAAGAAUCUGGCUCCUAUAACCUUGCCCAGGCUGCUCACUUUGGACAAGCCGGACUGGAGUUGGCAGAAUCUCUUGGAAUCGCCCAGUCAUCCGAGAUGCUGUUUGCUGUAUUUGCAACCAGUGUUGGAAGCAGUGACACACCUAGUGACAGGUCUGCUCUGUGUGCUUUCAAUAUGACUGAGAUUGAAGAAGCAUUCGUGACGGCUGUACAACGGUGUGUGCAAAACGGAGAUGCUUAUAAAGUGGGAUAUCUGGAAGGAAAUAAAUGUGCCACAUUAACCUUCAGUAACAUUCAAGCAGUGCUGUGUGACACUCGCAAUCUGUACACUUUUGCCAGUAACCCUGAGGGUGUUACAGCCAUGCCCCUACUCCAAGUGGAGGAUUCACGACUGUCAUCGAUCAUCACCAGCACUGAAAUGAACCACACCGUUGCUUUCAUUGGAACUUCACAAGGGUCGCUGAUGAAGGUUCACAUUAAAAAUGGGACUUAUGCAAGACAGUAUGAGACCCUCAAGCUUGGAGACAGUGCUGUGCUAACAGACAUCAGCAUAAGUGACUCAAGACAAGAGAUACGCAUUCUAACAGAGCAACAGCUUCUGAAAUUGCGAGUGGAAAACUGUAGUCAGUACACAACCUGCGAGUCUUGCAUAGGCGAGAAUGCUGAACAGGACGGGGACCCAUACUGUGGCUGGUGUACGCUGCACAAUAGAUGCACCCUGCAUAGCGAGUGCCCGAUGGCCGGAGAAUCAACUCGUUGGCUUCCUUACAACGCCGCCCAGUGUGUGAAUAUCAGCAGUGUCAAUCCAAGUAACUUGCCCAUCAGGGACCCCCAACAAGGGAUCACGUUGAGAGUUGAACAACUUCCUGAUCUUCCUGAUGGAGAAUCUUACAGCUGCCAAUUCAACAGCCUACAAUCUCCAGGAAACACCACAGGCAACACCAUAUUGUGUAUGACUCCAGAACCGAGCACCAUUCCAUCAAUUCCUCAAAUGGAGGAUCAUGUGACAAUGCAGUUGAGCGUUUUUUCUUCAGAGUCGAGCGUGACCUUCAUAACUUCAGCUUUCAACUUCUAUAACUGUAAUAGACACACUUCGUGUACCUCGUGCGUCUCCAGUGACUGGAACUGUGAUUGGUGUGUUUAUGGCAACAGGUGCACUCACAGGAGCAAUGAAUGUGCCCAGGGGGACUACAUCGUCACUGGAAACAACAACCCAGAUGCCUCCUCAAUGCAAGGGCCAGGAUUCUGUCCACAGCUGCAACGUCAGAUGCAGGAGGUACUCGUGCCGGUGGGCAUUACUCGGGAAAUAUAUGUCUCUGCCUCCAACUUGCCCAAUGCUACUCAGUUAACAAAAGACUACCAGUGUGCUUUGAAGGUAGAAGGGGCCUUGCAGACCAGCCCAGCCAUUGUGAUGGAGCCAGACCGCAUACAAUGCAGUGGACGGAUGUACACUUAUAAGGCUGAUAAGCAAGAGCUGGUGGUACAGUUGAGCAUAAGCUGGAAUGGUGACAGGCAACUGGAUGAUCCAGACGGCUUCAAUGUGACACUCUACAAGUGUGGAGUGGAUCGGCUGGACUGCAGUCGGUGCCUUUCAAACGAAACAGCCAGACCGGAGCUGGAGUGCCGCUGGUGUGACAGUCAGUGCUCCUUCAAAGAUGACUCCAUGUGUGGUAGUGAAGGACUUGACCCCAGUGACCCAUGCCCGGCGCCUGCUCUGACAAAGGUUGAGCCUGAAACCGGACCAAUGGAAGGCAACACCUUCGUCAAAAUAUCAGGAACCAACAUCGGGCGAUAUUUUGAAGAUAUCCGCAGCGUGAUGAUUGGUCAGCAACCGUGUGAUCUCACUGAUUUGAGAGACCAGUAUGUCACUGGACAAAGUGUUGGAUGCAGGACUGGUGGUAUGACACCUGGCUCAGCUCAGCCAAUCACCAUAUCCGUUGCUUCUCCAGGCAGCAGCGAUUUGAUGAGCACAGGGGAUAUCACAUUCACCUACACGAACCCCAUGAUCACCCAAAUCACUCCGCACCAGGGCCCUGCUGAUGGUGGCACCGUGGUAACCAUCAGUGGAACCAACCUGAACACGGGCAGGGACAUCCGAGCCUCAGUGGCCUCCAACGUGCCUUGUCUGAUUGACCGCGAGAGAGGCAGUGACUCGAGGAUGGAGUGUCGCACCACAAACUCCUCCGUGAAUGAUAUGGGCCCGUUGUCUUUGAUGUUUGACGGGGCUUUAAGAAGGUCCCAGACCAAUUUUACCUACAAUCCCAACCCUAACGUCACCGACAUCAACCCACGAAAGAGUGUCGUGUCGGGCGGUCGAACAAUGAAUGUGACCGGCCGGAACUUUUUGCAAAUCCAAUCGCCGCUGAUUAUUGCCACAUUGGAAAUGGAUGCCGAUACUAACCAGACAUUUAAUGAGUCCUGCGAAAUUACAGAUGACACCCUCAUGAUGUGUAGGACCCCAGACAUAAGCUCAGUCACCAGAGACGGGGUCAACGUUGGUCAGAGGAGGAGGAGACAGACGGAGACCAACUUGAUCAUCGGUUUCAUCAUGGCCGACGUCACCGGCCUGCAGAGGUGGUCGGAGAACCUCGCGCCGCCAGGUUUUGCAUUCGAGUUUGUGAGGAACCCGGUCUUUGAGCGCUUCGAAGGAGAUGGUAACAUCCUCAAUCUGGAGGGCUUCAAGCUGACCAUUAGGGGGGAAGACUUCAGCAGUGCACAAGAUAUAAAUGAGGUCAAAGUGUUUGUCGGCAAAGAAAUGUGUCCCAUUGAAGUCUUUGACAACUCCAUUUUGACGUGCGAUGCCCCCACGUUACAGCCUGAGCCUUUAGACUAUUCAAGCAACCUAACAAACACCUCCUUGCCUGCAGUCUACGUGCUGCACAGCAGCCGUUACCACUUCAUUGGUUACGUCAGGUACCUCAGGAGCAUCGAGAUUGGGCUGAUCAUCGGCAUCGCUGCCGGUGUUCUGCUAAUGUUGGUGCUCCUGUUUUCCUUUGGCCUCUGGCGCAAACUCCAAGGCUCCCAGAAGCAGAUCGGGGCCAUCCUGGUCCAGAUGGACGAAUUGGAAAGAGGGAUGGCGGAGGAUCUCAGAAUCGCUUUUGCAGAGCUGCAGACCAACGUGACAGAUCUGACCCACGACCUUGCCGGCACUGGCAUGCCGUUUGUCAGUCACAGGCAGUAUGCCACCAAUAUGCUGUUCAUUGGCCUGGAUGUACAACCGGAGACCUCUGACCCAAGGAAGCCAGAGGAGCACACAGAGAGGGCCAUGGCUCAGUUCAACCGACUCCUCACCAACAAGAGCUUCCUCUUGACAUUCAUCCAAGCCAUGGACGACGAGAAGAAGAUUGCCAUGAAAGACAAGUCCACAGUAGCCUCAUUGCUAACCAUCAUAAUGAUGCUGGAGAACAAACUUGGAUAUCUCACCGACGUCAUGAUAACUUUGAUGUCUCGUCAGGUACAGGAAGCUGUGGACAGCAAUAGGCCGAAGCAGCUCUUCAGACGAACCGAGACCAUAGUUGAGAAGCUCCUGUCCAACUGGAUUGCUUUGUGCCUGUAUGAUCAGUUGAAGGAUCACACGGCUUUCCCACUGUUCUUGCUGUACAGCAGCAUCAAGGUGCAGACAGAGAAGGGACCCGUGGAUGCAGUCACCAAGCAGGCCCACUUCUCCCUCAGCGAGGAGCGGCUGCUCAAAGCGAACGUGGAGUUUCAGGAAAUGACCCUUAAUGUGGUUGUGGAUACGGAGGAUGGCGAGAAGAAAAUGGUCAAAGUCCUGAACGUUGACGCUGUCCCUCAGGUCAAGGAGAAAAUACUGGACUCCAUGUACCGCAACAAGCCUUACUCUGAUCGUCAGAGAGCUGCAGAGGUCAAUCUGGAAUGGAGGCAGGGGAGAUCAGGCCGCUUGGUUCUGCAGGACAUGGCCCUGCCGCAGAUAAGCAAUGCUGACAGGUGGCAGAAACUGAAUACCCUGACAGAGCUAGGCGUUCCAGAUAAUUCUCUCAUGGCACUGGUUCCCAAGCAGUUGGCCCGCACUUCAAUCAACGAAGCAACAUCAGGAGUGUCAUCAAAUGAUGCCAAUCUGUACCAACAUGAUGUGGGCGUGGAAGAUGGUACUGUCCUCUGGCAUUUGGAGAAACCGCAUGAGGAGAUUGAGGAAACGGAGAGGCAGAAGAAGAAGAGGCAACACGAGGCCCUGGGCAAGGGCAAGAUGUCACAGAACAUUACGUUCCCUCGACUCCUGACCAUGAAGGGUAUUGUCCAGGAGUAUGUUGACAGGAUGUUUCAGGCCAUCCUGACAGUGGACGGCACACCGCUGGCCAUCAAGUACCUGUUUGACUUCUUUGACAGCCAAUCCACCCGCCACGGCAUUGAGGAUCCAGACAUCGUCCACAUCUGGAAGAGUAACACGCUGCCACUGCGUUUCUGGGUCAGCGCCAUCAACCACCCUAACAACAUCUUCGACAUCAGGCCCACACCCUCAGUUGAGUCAAGCCUGGGCGUCAUCGGACAAGCUUUCUACGAUGCGUGCAACAAGUCAGACCAUCAACUAGGCAAGGAGUCCUCAUUCAACAAGCUGUUGUACAACCGGGAAGUGAGCAGAUACCGUGAGCUGGUGGAGUCUUACUACACAGGAAUCGGGGACAUGAAUCGCAUCGCCUCCCAGGAGCUGGAGAGAGAGCUAGCCAAGACUUGUCAGAACUUCACAGGUCUUUUCAGCAAGCUGAGCACCCUACUGCAACUGUUUCAGUUCACCAAAAGCAACAAAGAAUUGCUGAUAAACGCAAUGGAAGAGGACGAAGUAUGCCAGCGUGACAAUCUGGGCUACGAGCUGGAGCAGGUGGAAGAAGUCCUUGAGGGAGGGGAGCAAAGGUACGUGUAGCGUGCAUCCUCGGUCGCUGUUGCCGUGGUAACAUGCACCACUGAUGUUGCCUGUCUCCAGUUUGUGCUCAGUGUGGGAGGUCUGUUUUGAGCUUCGUGCAGUAAAUGUAUCUAAUCAGAUGUGUAUUUUAUUUUGCUGUUCAUCAUGUUCAAGUCUUUCCAAGAUUGUUGUUAAUCUAGGAUAGUACAGGAAACUAACAAUAGUUUGGCACUGUAAAUAUCUCCAGAAAAAAAGGGAUUUCUUUUGUAUUUGGCCAAUUUUAUUUGUCGCAUUUUUAAAAAUUGAUUUUGUUGGAAGUAAAUAAUUUUGAUAUGAAGUUUGUGCUUUAUGAUGACAUUCUUACGCCCUCAUUUCCAAAGAGUGAAAUGCACUCUGUUCACUGAGUGAACAUUCACUCUCCCAACUAAAACUACAGGUGGGACAAAUUCUGGUGAAAUAAACUCACUUGAAUAGAUUAGAAGUCUGCUCAUGUGCGACUGAAAUGGGUUGUUUUUUCAGCUAUUUCAAUCUGAGUUUAGAGGAAUGGUCACUUUCAAUCAUCCAGUCCUGAGUUUCACUCUUUUGAAAUAAGGCAGAGUAUGUCAGCUGGAGGAAAAGAAGGGAGAUAGUUCUUUGAAAACAAGAAAUAUUUGUAUUUUGCACAACGAUCUUUUCUGUAUAAGAAGCUUUUAAGUUUUUUUUAAGAAGCUAUUAAGUAUUAAAUACUCAAGUACAGUUGUUUUUUAUUGACUUUAGCAUGUUACAGUACUCAGAAUAUAGUAAGAAAUAAGUUCCCGCUUACUGCCAAUCUGAGCAGAAGUCAUCAGAGAUUAAUUGCAGUUACCAACAUCUGGGGGGUAAAAUCUUCUCACUCAAUCAAGUGACAAAAAUUCUAAAAACCUGUAUUGUCCACAGCCGGUGGAGGGGUUUAUGCUUGGAGUGAUGAGCUUUCUGUUUAAACGAUGACAAGAGUUUUGGAUUGAUCAAAGAUCCUCUGUUGAGCGACACGUUGUACUCAUUCAGAUGCAUUUUUGCAGGGGUGCCUGGGAAGGAGGGCACUUGUGCCUGGAGCAGUUGAAUCAUUUCCAGCAUUUAUUGCAGAGCUAAGUACUAACCUUCGUCACCAAAAAAGUCUCAUUUUUUUAUACCAUUUUAUUUAGGGGUUGAGCGUUGUGUCUGCAUCUUCCACAGAAACUGUACUUGUGACCAGAUGUCACAAAUGAGCCUUAUAGCCUCUUUUUAAUACUUAGGUUUUUGUUUGCAUUGCAUAGGAAAAGCAAACAGAGCCGUGGUUUCUGUCAGUUUGUCAUUCUGAUAAAAAUGAAUCUUGUAAGGCAAACAUGUUUCUGCUGAUAUUUGCAUCGUGCAAGUUUCUCCUCGUUAUCUGUCAUUCAUAGGUGGCUCUAGCCACUUCCAGUCGUUUUCUCAGGUUGGGUCACCUUGUUUCAUCAAAACUCCUGAUAUUGCGUACACACAAGUGUGGACUCCCCAUUACCCGCAUCCAAGCAUGUGCCAUUACCAACAACCUGCAGGGGUGUUGCAUUCCCAGGAUGCUCGCACUCUCCAUUUAUUGUGUGUAGUUCUUCAUACUGUUUACCUGCAACUCGCCCCAGACUGUAUUAGGAUUAGGCUCGAGGUUGCUGGCCCAGAUCCAAUCAGAACUAACCACACAGAUUACUACAACAAAUGAAUUUUUAAAAAGGACAUAAAACAUAACUGUGUGAAUGGUGCAAAAAUAUGCAGAAACAGCAUUCUUUUUAAACGAUGCCAAAUUAUGACUGUUUUUGAAUUAAUGGAUGUAUUGUAUUAUAAACUAAUAAGCAGAUAUAUUUAGAUACUCAUAUUUGCCAUAACUUAUUUGGACGGAAGUAGUUACAAAAUAAACCAAGCAUUUUGGAGAUUUCUUAAUACGGUGCAUGUAAUAGUAGACCGAUGUUAAACUUGCCACUAAAUUCAUGCACAAUAUUUUGCUUCCAACACAGUUUAAUAACAAAUCUUGCCAAUAUCACUGCCCCAUUUUGCCAAUAUGUGAAACAAUAAUUUAAGAUCAUAACAGGUUGUUGUAGCAAAUUGCUGUUCCAGAAAAGAAGAGAGCGAGAAAGGUUUAUGCAAAAGGCAUGGUGUGUCUGUGAUUUUUUAAUUUGAAGAUUCCUCAUGUUUUGAAACUCCUAAUGAUGGGACGUUGAAGAACAUCAAUCCUUGCCCAACUGUAUCUGUAAAAACAGUCCUGUUUCCAGUCAUUUCACUGUUUGUGAAGUGUUGGCCAUAAUACAUUGAAUUACCAGGGUAUUGCCAGGAUUUACCAGGGGCUGAUUGAAAUUUUAUAAAAGUAGCCAUCUUCAACAUGGUGUGAGGGCAUCUAUCACUGUUAUUAUCUGCAUUGUACCUUCAGGCUUGGACCUAGCAAUUUUUAAUGCUAAUAUACAUGUAGUAGCAAUGAUUAGUGUUUAAUAGUAUUAUUGUAAUAGUCUAAGUUAGGUGUGCUGUGUAGUUGGUGUAUGAGUGAGCUAUUGUUAAAGUAUCUGAAAAGUAUAGUGUGGAUAUCAGCAUUGAAAUAACAAGCACAUAUGGUAUCAGUGGACCAGUAGUUAAUUUAGUUCUAGUGUUUGUGAAUUUGAUAUCAUUGGCUGAACUGCAAUACUCGUAAUAUUUUAUAGUAAUGACUUUAUAAAAAGGAAUAUAAAAAAAACUAUUUUGUAUUUUGUUACUAUCUCAGUGAUAAAAGUACUCAAGGUUUAUGUAGAAUUGUAAGCAUUGUACAAUCUGAGUAAUUGUUAGAACAGAAGCAUGAUCACGAGAUUUUAUCUUGCUGACUUUGCAUCAUUUUUAGCAAUAUUUUAUACGGGAAAUUUGUCUUUGUUGGUUGGAAACAAGUGAUUUCAAAAUAGUGUUUUCAACAAAGUUUUUGUAUUAGUGUCCCAUUCUUUACCAGUUUAAUACUUUUUUUACAUUGCUUUGAAAUCAACCAACAGGUAUUUUACCUAAUAUUUCAUCUUUAUGCAUUGGCUUCUUGGGAGUAGCCUUUUUACUUUCCAGCUGUUUUGACAGUUUCCACUCUUUAUCCCUUGUUAUUUGAGACGUCUUCCACAGGGUUGGAUAUUUUCCAAAAUUGCUGGAUAUGAUUAACAACGGAUUGGAAUGUUGAUUUAAAAGGCUUCAUUACAUACAGGUAAAUGGUAAGCUUGCCAACACCAUGGAGGGUCCUCUGAAGAAUUAUUCACAAAAAAAUUGAAUGCAAAAUGUUACCACUUACAAAGGAAUUUUGUCCGGAAUCAUUAUAUGAGUUUUUAACUUGAGGUUACCUAUACCUACAGCUUGUGCUCAUUAAUUAAUGGAAAUAUGAAUGAAAUUACUUGCCUUUUAAGCCAGCUUACAAAUUAUUUAAAACAUAGACAUGUAUGUAACUUUAACAUAAAAUCAUUUUGACUUUCAAUGCAUGAGUAAGGUUUGUCAUAAUCAUGAGAGGAAAAAAUCGUUAGUCUUGAGAGCUCAUUAGAGGACUGCAGUAAAGGCAAUCCUGAACAGGAAACGCAUAAAUAAGUUCACUUUGUGCAAUUUAAAUCUGAGACUUUGAGGUGCUGGUGACAGCAGACAUAUCAGCCCCUUUUCCCAGCAUCGCACAUGCUCAGAACUAUGCUUGCAUGCUCACAACAACACACUCAGGCCCAAAACUGGUAAAAAGUGGUAAAGUGGCAUUGUUUCAUAUGAAGGGUUUAAUUCCAAAAUGAGAUAUAUCCAUUUGAAAAACAUGCAAUUUUUCCACAAUUAUGAAAGAUCGAAGAGCUUAGCAGUGCACCAUUUUUCCACAAUUAUGAAUGAUCGAAGAGCUUAGCAGUGUACCAUUUAUCCUUAAACUUCUUCUUUACUGUACUAACUCAUUAAAGUUAUGUUGCACUGUCUAAAAGCUGCAUAAACUGAUGGCAGGCAACUAAGAGAGGGUAAGAUUCUGAAAGAUACCAAAAUGGCACCUAUCCCAUUUUGGAAAUAAACUCUUCAUAUGUUAAACCAUGAGAAAUUGGUGCCUGUGUUCUUGAGCAAGGCACUUCGCUGCAACCACAGAUGAUUUAACAGCCUGGAGUUUGUUGAAACCUUUCCUUGGAGAUAAUAAUGUGGUCAGGCGUUGAACAUUUCCAGCCUGAAUGCCUGCAUCAAAUGUUAGAUUGUUUGAGGGUACUCUUGAACAUUGGUGCAGCUAGAUCAGUUCAGUGGAGAACAAGCGUUGCCAGGAAGCUUUUCUUCUGAAAUUGGCCAACUGCCAGAGAUUUGAACAGCUGAGGUGGAAAGUUUUCCAUGGCAUUUUCCUUAAGGUAUCUCCUACAAUGGUGCUAAAAUACCUCUUGAUAUUAUCGUUUAUCAAGGAAUAUAAUGUUCCCAUUGUAACUUAUAAUUUGUUUCUUGUCGGCAAAUUGUGUGAUAUUAGAUUCCAUAAGGGAUUUCAUGGCAUUUAAUUGUGAUGGUUCUUAUCGUAAGUUGAUUUCAAUGAAAGAAUUUCCACAAAAUCAAUUAUUAAUGACUACUCAAACAUUUUGUGUCGGGAAAGGAAGUGACAAACAACAUCCUGUUCAUGUUUACAUUUGGGACACAUAUGAGUUGGAAGCCACUCAACUUGUGAUAUAUGCACGUAAUCAUGAAGCCACUGCCUUAGUGGCAUCGUCUUGAAUUAGAAGGGGGGGCAGCUUUUUCCCGUGCCUCCUGAAAAGUUAUCACAUCCAUGUUGUCCAUUAUCCCGCAAUAAGCCAAUUUCCUGUCCUGUCGCCAUGUUGAUUUCAGUGCCCAUGCGCGAGUAAGUGAAUAAAGCUAGAGGGGACAAAGCUAGAGGGGAACAAAUUGUCUACAACAGUGACAAUCCCGAGCAUCCAUUUGCCAAACAUUAUACGUAACGUCAUGAAUUUGUUCCCUUCUGUUAAAUCUUCUGAGCGUGCACACGUGAAACGUGAGUUCCGUUUCGAGUUUAUUCCUAUACAUGUAGUUGUUAUCAUGAACUGUUUUGUACCUUCCUUAGGGUUUGUAAAGCAUCAAUCUAUUUGUGAAAUUUUCCUGUUGCAAAUUCAGUCGUGCCAAUAUAUUCUUCUAUUUUCCUACACUUUUUAAAUAUUUUGAGAAAUAGGUAAAUAUUGUCUUGCCGUGUACUUUCUUCUUGUGUCUUUAGUUCAAGCUUAAGUUGGCUUACCUCCAACUUGAGUCCAACUGAGAUGUAAUUCACUUCGAGCACAAUUAAAUGAGACAAUAUUAAAUCAAUGCAGAUUGAAUUAGAUUUGAAGAAUGUUUUGGAAUUCACCUGAAGAAUUUCAAACUGUGAUGAAUUUGCAAAGCUGAGUCGGAGCACAAUGACAUACAAAAUGCCAGACGUAGUAAGAAUAAACUUGUUUAACUUCCCCGGCCAUUCAACCUUGUCGAAAAUAUUAUCUUUGACCUUCUCAACCUUUGGUCAACGAAGACUCCCUCAAAAUGAAAAACAAAGUAGAAAACUUAGAGACAUACCAUCAUUAGAAGAAUGUAUUUGUCGAGAAAAUAAAUACUUUGAAUGUGUAA